AUGUCAGGUAGAAGAAAUUCAGUCUCAACUUCAGAGUCUGAAUCAGGAUCAAGAAGGAAGCGUCAAAAAACUGAGAAUCUGGUUCUCUUGGCCAAAUAUGAUGCUCUUCGUUCUACACUUCGAGACCACACAGCUCUGGCACACAAGGGUGAAGCCACAGAUUUGGUUAUGGAACAUUUAAAUAGCCUUAAGCAAGUAUAUGGGGUGGUGCAGACGGAAUCUAAUCGGGAUACAAGGGUUCAACUUAAAGACGCAGAGAUCUUUCUGGACACAUCUCAAUUUGCAGCGACCAAUGCCCAAAAUUUGAAAUUGGGAGAUCUGGAUGUUGCCCUAAACCCACUGACGUUUAUCAAUACAGUGUCAAAGUACUUGAAUCAAUAUGCUGAAGAUUUGGACGGUACUGAACUGAUAUCCCCGAGCGAAGACAAGUUCAAUUCCUUUGAUUGGUUGAAACUUGGUGCUUUGUAUCUUCAAGUUAGUAGUAAACCUAUACUUGGAGACUUUUUGUACGGUCCAUUGGAAGCAGAAAGAAAGAAGCCAACAACUAGAUCUAGAAACUUGGAUGACACCCAAUCUCGUGUUACUUCAACGGCUCAAAAUGUCCAAGCUCAAGACAUAACUGGUGAUGAGGAGCAAAAUACUGCCCAUAUGGUGAAAAUGGUUUACCGGAAAUUUAUAGAAAACCAGGACGGUGAACCAAUUAAUUUCUUCAAAUUCUUUAUUAAUCCUAAUUCCUUUGGUCAAUCUGUUGAAAACUUAUUCUUUACAAGUUUUUUGAUUAAAGAUUCGAGACUCAAAUUAACUGUUGAUGAAUCUGGAAUUCCGUUUGUUACUGAGGUGGAUCCACUGGAGCAAAGAGCUGGUAUGAAUGGGAGUGUUAGUGCUACAAAUCAUCACAUUGCCACUUUUGACUAUCGUACCUGGCAAUCGUUGGUGGAGAAGCAUAAUAUAUCAGAAGCAUUCUUAGGACAUCGAGCAGAAUCAGAACCAGAAGAUUUUGAUUCUGAUUCUGAUAAUGAAUAG